AUGUUUCGUGGCACUGGAGCAGCGCAUGCUGCUCGUUCUUUCCAUGACGCGACCUCAAGCAUUCCAAGCCCCUACGCUCGAAAUGAAGCAUUUACGGACCCUAAACGGAAACAGACCAUCAUUAGUCUUUUGGAUGUCCUGGGCGAGCUCAGCAAUGAGGCGUCUUCAGACAACGAUGCCAACCUUCCUUCCAAUUUGAAGAUGACCGAGACUGGUUUUUCAGCCACUGUGGACGAAAAACUACAAGUUGCAGGAUCAGAAUUGUUUAACAAAUUCGAGAGGCGAAUCGAUAAUCUUGACAAAGAGCUCCGCAACUUCGCUAACGCUGCCCGCCAACUUGGUAGUUCUGUUGGAAUAUUGUCAUCCGCUUUUCGACUACGGGAACGCCUCACAAAAUUGCUGUUUCUGUUUCGCGAGAACGCAGCUACGUUGUUCCCUCGGAAAAUUUUGCGUCAACCUCGAGAAACAUUAGUGAACCCUAACUUGAUGGACCGACGACGCACAUGGAGAGGUCAACAACCUCCGCUCAGGCCCAUUCAUGAUGAUGGUCUUGAUCCCGAAAGUUUCCCCGGUCAAUUCGCUAGUUUCGCAGAAGAUGUCGUAACGUUCCUGAACUGCCUGAACGAGUUUCCGGAGUUUACAGACGAGGCAGUCAAUACGUCAAUGCGUGCUUUCGAAGUCGAUCUCAAGUAUUGGGCAUCGUGUCUUCAGGAGUACAAAGGUCAAUUUCGGUACCCAGCAGUGCAGCGCUAUAUCCACGAUUUGACGUCAGAAAUUGGGGAGCACAUUGAUAACAUCACGGUCAAUCUGUCGAUGUUUAUCGAAAUCGGCGUGCCGACGAUUAGGUUCGCCCAGCAGCAUGCGGCAGCAAACCUGCUAAACUUAUCGACAGUCGCGACGUUUUUCUCAGCUGUGACGGCAACGACCUUACAAUUUUCAUACCAAUUGACAGAUGGAGUGCUGGAGAAGUCUGUUAAUGCGUUCUGGUUCUCCUCGUUGGUUUUCAGUAUAGCAGCCGCAGUGAACAGUCUCCUUGGUCUUACCUGGAAGCAAGCCAUGUAUCGCUCUCCGGGACAUAGGGUACCUUGGUGGGUAUUGAUAUGGAUUAAGCGAUCGCCUUUAGUCUUUCUCGUCAUGUCUGUGGCAUGCUUUUCCGCGGGCUUGAUGCUUUUCACAUACGCUACAAACCAGGGAUUUGUCACGUCCACGAUCACCACUGUCUUUACAGCCGUCACUUCCUUCGGCCUGGCUGCCGUCUCCGCUUGGUUCGCCUCAGAACGCUGGAUAUUCGUUCAGCACCGCGGUCAUGUGUGGCUGGAGGAUGUAAUAAAUGAGGCAACUCACCGCAUGCUCCUCCUAUCUGCUGUUGUGGAAUUGCGGAAGAUCAUCCACUUUUGCAAUCAACGCAUCUUGGCGACCCGCGGCCUGAUAAGACGAGUGUCUUUCAAGAAGGAGGGCCCGCAGAUGCUUGAACUUCCUCACCGCCAGGAGCCAGCUUUAUCCGUGUGCUCGGAAUAUACCGAGCGCCACAAUUCUUUGGAUGUGCCUGCGAGUGAGGAGAGCGAGGCUUCCCGUCGAUCCAUUGCCCGUCAGCGCUUCAAGGGAGCCGUUCGUUCUGUCAUCAUGAUGCAGCAAGCGCAAGCGGGGCAGACCCCGCUGUAUCUACGGCCCUUCAUGCCGCCACGGACCCCCUCUUUUGACAGGACCUCCGCUUCAGGAAUGUCUCCCACCCGAUUCUCGUCCAUCGGUUUGAACACCAUUCGAGGACAGAGAGUUUCUACAUUGAUCCCAAAGCUGAAAACCCUGGAACCCUUACAGGACCUCUCCAUACAUACCGCCCUUGUUCGGCAUCUACAGUUCUCCCCGAACUGGAAAAUAUCUCGCUACGUCAAGGAAUCUUUUUCAACUCAGGCUGUUCUGGUACACGUGCGUGGCUUUAUCGGCCAAGUUGCAUGGUCUGCGACCGGUACCAUUCUCUUGACGAGAUUAACUCGCGGAAUCAAGGUCUGGACGGAGGAUGGACUCUGUAAGAGAACAAUCGACCGACCGCACUCUGUGUCAUCUAUAACAUGGCUGCCUAACAGCGAGACGCAAUUUUUCUCUGUCGAAGGUAGCGAUGUUUUCAAACUGGACACCCAAGGAAAGGUUCUUGAUUCGUAUCACUUUGGUCGCAUCCAGUUGCACAAUGUGGUCGUGACUCCAGAUGGCCAGCGGUUACUGGGUGUGGGUCCACUCCUUGCGGCACCUAAUGGUUUGCAUCCAAGUCGCACCACCAGGGUCGAAAAACGCAUAAUAGUUUUCAACAUGGAGACUAAAACGUUCGAGAGCCAGACACCCGUCGUGAACGACGUGCGUGACAUAACGAUUUCCAAAAGGGGUGGAAAUGUGUUGAUUUCUUUUGAGCGCAAGACACCUCCGCAGUUGUGGAAAAUGGAGCUAGUACGGGAUACUAGAGGUCGCGAACAAUUUUCAUAUGCACAAGUCGCUAGGCUGCUUCUCCGCCAUACGUAUCUGCCCAAAGCUCAGGUGGAUAUCGCAGGCUCCAGCUACUUUGGGGGAAAGGAAGACCAGUUAGUGCUAUGCGCAGGGAAAGCGGGCGAUAUUCACAUUUGGGAUCGCGAUAGUGCAGCGUUGCUACAUUACAUUAGACCUCAAACAUUCGGCGGGGACUUGACAUGUGUUGCAUGGAACCAUUCCACCGACGAACCCUUCAUGUUCGCCACAGGCAGCCACGACGGUACGGUACGCAUAUGGACGACGCCAGCGGGGGACCGCUCUUCUGAUGACGCAUCCUAUCUCGAGCGGCGCACUGAUGCCGGUAUGACAAGUUCGGAUCAGUGUGCGUCUCCACCUAUCUUGGCCCCACCGUCUCCGCCUAUCCUGGGUCCACCGCAUGUGCCUGGAUCCAGUCGUCGAGAAAGAGCGCCGACCAUACGAACUAAAUUCUCGAUAGGACCUGGGUAG